UGGUUGGGUUAAUGAGAAAGAUCAACGUUUUGAUUAUUUCCUUCCAUCCAAUCAACGGCCUUGAUAUGGAAUAGAAUCGGAAAAUCACACGUGUCGCAGUCAGAACAAAACACGUUACGCAGAAGAAGUGGUCUACGCUACUGAAUCGAAGAGAGUUAUAUAGAGAGAAGAGGAGCUACAAGAGAACUUAUUCAUUUGAUAACCCUAGUAGCUCCUUUUUUCUCUAUCUCGCUUUCUCUGUUUCACCACAGUCAUGGCGAGUCGGCGAAUCUUAUCAUCGCUUCUCCGUUCUUCUUCGAGUAGAUCUACUUCUAAAUCCUCCUUGAUCGGGAGCCGAAACCCGAGGCUUUUAUCCCCCGGUCCCGCGCAUGGAGCCGCUCCAUGUGGGACUCUCCUUGGCCGAGUCGCCGAGUAUUCGACUUCUUCUCCGGCUAAUUCGGCUGCACCAUCUUCUGCUCCUGCUAAAGAUGAGGGAAAGAAGACCUAUGAUUACGGUGGCAAAGGCGCGAUCGGGCGUGUGUGUCAGGUUAUUGGUGCCAUUGUUGAUGUGAGAUUCGAAGAUCAGGAGGGAUUGCCUCCGAUCAUGACAUCUCUCGAGGUACAGGAUCAUCCAACAAGGUUGGUCCUUGAGGUGUCUCAUCACUUGGGUCAAAAUGUCGUUAGGACCAUUGCUAUGGAUGGUACUGAGGGUCUCGUCCGUGGAAGGAAGGUUCUCAACACUGGUGCUCCAAUCACUGUUCCUGUUGGAAGGGCCACCCUUGGACGUAUCAUGAACGUUCUUGGAGAACCUAUUGACGAGAGAGGCGAAAUUAAGACCGAGCAUUACUUACCCAUUCACAGAGACGCUCCAGCUUUGGUUGAUUUGGCCACCGGUCAAGAGAUUCUCGCUACUGGUAUUAAGGUUGUUGAUCUCCUUGCUCCUUACCAAAGAGGAGGAAAGAUUGGGCUUUUUGGCGGUGCUGGUGUUGGGAAAACAGUGCUCAUUAUGGAACUGAUUAACAAUGUUGCCAAAGCUCAUGGUGGUUUCUCCGUGUUUGCUGGUGUGGGAGAACGGACCCGUGAAGGCAAUGAUUUGUACAGAGAAAUGAUUGAGAGUGGUGUCAUCAAGCUAGGAGAGAAACAGUCUGAGAGCAAAUGUGCCCUAGUGUAUGGACAAAUGAAUGAGCCCCCGGGUGCUCGUGCCCGUGUUGGACUGACUGGUUUGACUGUUGCUGAGUAUUUCCGUGAUGCUGAAGGCCAAGAUGUCUUGCUUUUCAUUGACAACAUCUUCCGUUUCACCCAGGCCAACUCUGAAGUGUCUGCGUUGCUCGGUCGUAUCCCGUCUGCUGUGGGGUACCAGCCAACUCUGGCUUCCGAUCUUGGUGCUCUUCAAGAGCGAAUCACAACCACCAAGAAAGGUUCAAUUACCUCUGUCCAAGCCAUCUAUGUCCCUGCUGAUGAUUUGACAGAUCCUGCUCCUGCCACAACUUUUGCUCACUUGGAUGCCACAACUGUGCUUUCAAGACAGAUUUCUGAGCUUGGUAUCUACCCUGCUGUGGAUCCUUUGGAUUCGACGUCCCGUAUGCUCUCGCCCCACAUUCUAGGUGAGGAGCACUACAACACAGCUCGUGGUGUGCAGAAAGUGUUGCAGAAUUACAAGAAUUUGCAAGAUAUUAUCGCCAUUUUGGGAAUGGAUGAGCUAAGUGAAGAUGACAAGCUGACUGUUGCCCGUGCCCGUAAGAUCCAGAGAUUCUUGAGUCAGCCAUUCCAUGUUGCUGAAAUCUUCACUGGUGCCCCUGGAAAAUAUGUCGACCUUAAAGAAAACAUCAACAGUUUCCAGGGUUUGUUGGAUGGCAAGUACGAUGAUCUUUCCGAACAAUCGUUUUACAUGGUUGGAGGUAUCGAUGAGGUGGUUGCAAAGGCAGAGAAGAUCGCUAAAGAGUCAGCAGCUUAGAAGCUGGAUCCAUCUCUUGCAUAUGCUUAAUACCUGUCUGUUUCUUGUGACAAUAACGAAAAGAAAAAAACCACUGCCUGUGAGUUACCCACACCAAGCGGAAUUUGAGUUCCGUAUUUAUAGUUUCUUUCGAAUUCCUUGAGAGCUACGAGAUGAUGCUGAACAUACCCUUCAUUCCCUUGUACUCAGAUUUUUGGUUCAUUUACUUCCUUGACUUGUUGAAAUAAAGGUUAAGCAAGUCUUGCAGAUUAUGAUUUCUUGAUCUCAGACUUUUUCUUUCAGAAAAUGCUGCAAGUCUUGGUACGCCAAGCAAGUAUAAUUAUAUCUAAUGUCCGAAAAGACAAGCAAAAUAGCAU